AUGGCCGACCCAAUGCUGACGUCUCUGUGCGCCAUCUGCCACAUCGAGGUGCCCAAGUACAAGUGUCCGCGGUGCGGCCUGCGCAGCUGUUCGCUGGCCUGCACCAAGAAGCACAAGGCGUGGAGCGAGUGCAGCGGCGCGCGCGACCCGACGACAUACCUGCCGCCCUCGCGGCUGCGCACCCCCGCGGGCGUCGACCACGACUACAACUUCCUCCACGGCAUCGAGCGGUCGCUGGAGCGCGCCGAGCGCGUGCUCGUCGACGAGCGCCGCCUGGUGCAGGCCGAGGAGCUGCGGCCGGUGACGGUGCAGGAGGUGCGCUGGAAGACGGGCCGCGACGGGCGCAAGCGCAGGGUGCUGGUGACGCGGCUGCUGCGCGAGGCCAGGACUCGCCAGUUUGAGCGUUCUCUGGCGCAAAGGCUGCGCAAGCUCAACGUGGAGGUUAUCUGCGUUCCGACGGGCAUGACGCGGCAAAAGGAGAACAACACGACGUUGAAUAGGAGGACGUCGAGAAUCAAUUGGCAGGUGGAGUGGUUCGUGGUGGAUGAUGGACGUGUGGAGGCGACGCAAGGAGAGGCGGCGAGCGCGACGAGGUUCUUGUCGAAGGUCAUGGAUGACGUGCCCCUGCACGAAGCGUACCGAACGAUGCUCGAUGAGCAACAAGCCGCAAAGCGACGACAGGCGAAAAAGGAUGGUCGAGCGACCGAAGACCAAACCAUGUACUACGGCCGCCUCCCCGAAUCACGAUGCUGGCCGUCGCCUGCGACCUUGCAAGAUCCGCAAACUGGCCUGUGGUUCGGCUACACAGGGCCCAGCAUCGACAUGUGGCCUGAAGAGAAGCAGCACGAAUACCAAUUCUUCCUCGGCCGUCCGCAGACGCGGCGGCCCGACCAGCGUGUCACGGUGUCUCCGCUGCAGGUGACGGACUGCUUCCGCAAUGUCCUGGCCAACACGCGCGUACUAGAGUUUCCCACCAUUAUCGUGCUCCGCAGCGGCCAGAUGCUGCCCGAGACGUAUAUAUUAGGACCCAAGGAUACUUUGUCGCCGGGGGUGGCGGGGCCGCAGGGCAGCGGGAGUGCCAAGCGCAAGGACAGGCCGGCUGGUGGUGGUGGUGGUGGUGGUGAUGGUGGAAACGGCGGCGACAGAGCAGCCAAGAAGCGCAAGGGCGCGAAUGAGGAGGAGGGCGAGGUGGAUGAGGAUGGGGAAGAGGAUAGCGAUGGUGGCGGGGGAGGACUGGUGGAGGGCGAAGUGAUUGAUGAGCAGAGCAUGGGCGAGGAAGACGACAACGACGAUACUAGCAGCUCUGGGACGUCGAGCGAAUCAGAGGACGAAGAGGACUAA